AUGUCUUCUUCAGAUCAAGAUAAAGGUGAAAUGAAGAGAUUUGCUAAUUGGAUACUUGAUGUUGGAAAUGGAAAUAUUGGUUCUGUUAUUGAGUUCCUAAAUGACAUCAAAUAUUCGGGACUAUUCAAUCACAAGUUGACUUUGAAGCUAGGAGUCGUUGUAAUGCUACUGCGAAACAUAGACCAGACUUUAGGUUUAUGCAACGGGACAAGAUUAAUAAUUAACGAAUUUGGCAGCAACAUAAUUGAAGCAAUAGUAGUGACUGGUAGAAAUAUUGGAGAUAAAGUGUACAUUCCAAGAAUGAACUUGAUCUCUUCAGAUUCAGGAUUGCCAUUUAAGUUCCAACAAAGACAAUUUCCAUUAACAGUAUGCUUUGCAAUGACCAUUAACAAGAGUCACGGUCAAUCAUUAUCACAUGUAGGACUUUACUUGCCAAAAUCAGUGUUCACCCAUGGACAACUUUAUGUUGCUUUGUCAAGAGUUAAGAGUCGCAGUGGCCUCAGGAUUUUAAUUCUAGACGAAGACGGCAAUUCAAAGUCAUCAACAACAAAUGUCGUGUUUAAAGAAAUUUUUAAUAAUAUUUAG